AUGUGGCGGCGCGCAAUUGCAUGGCGCGUGGGGCGCUUCAGCGAGAAAGAGCAGUGCGCUCUGCGCUCCCCCCGUGCGUCGCUCGGCUUCUCCCCUCUGCGACCCAAGCCCGUGGCUAAGCCGCCCAGCAAGAAGCCCAGGCCCAGGGAUGUGAUGGGUACCGCUGCUGCUGUGAAGCCCAGAGCGGUGCAGAGCGGUCAAGCGACCGUCGCAGCUGCUGCAGCGAAAGCCACGCGAGCUAGUAAAGCGACGCCAGCUGAGGUGACGCCAGCUGAGGCGACGCUUAAGGCGACGCCAGUUAAGGUGACUCCAGUGAAGGCGACGUCAACUAAGGCGACGCCAACUAAGGCGACGCCAGCUAAUGCGACGCCAGCUAAGGCGACGCAAGCCAAGGCGACGCCAGCCAAGCUGUCGCCAGCUAAGGCGUCGCCAGUCAAGGCGACGCCAACUUAUGCGACGCCAGCUAAGGCGACGCCAGCUAAGGGUGUUGUGGGAGAGAUGGGAGGAGAGGUGGAGGAAUGUGGUGAGCUGGAAUGGGGAGGCAUGGCAUGA